AUGGACGCUCGUGAGUUUGAAUGGGAGAGUCAGUUACGUUUUUACUGGGACCAGCUACCUGAUAACCUGACCGUAAGACAGUGUUCAGGGGAGUUUGGCUAUGGUUAUGAAUAUAUGGGAUUGAAUGGUCGUCUUGUUAUCACUCCUUUGACUGAUAGAAUCUAUCUCACGAUUACCCAGGUAUAAAUAUGCUUGAAUGUAGAUUUACUCAAUGUCAACCCAUUGAGCAUACCAUAGUUUAAAAUAACAGAUUAGGGCGCAUUGCCACUUAAAUUAUUAAUAAUUUACGGUUAGUUUAUAACAUGAACUUGUGCUGACUGCAGUGAAUUCACCAAACUUUUGAUUAAUUUUUUGAGGGAGACCAGUUCAGAACUACUCGAUAUAUUUGAAAUUAGUUUAGUUUAGGUUUCCUUCUGUAGUAACAUUGGACCAACAAGGGAUUUUUCUUAGGACCUCUGAGGAGAACAGUGACAGAGCUAUCCAAUAUUGAUAAAGUUAUAGUUUAGUUUAGGUUUCCUCCUGUAGUAACACUGGAUAAAAAAGGGAUGACUUUUACUGGACGUCUUGGAAGAAGAAUUAAGUUAGUUUAGUUAAGUUCGCUUCAAUAACAGCUUGUGGACUAAGGAGAGAUCAGUUGGGACAUGCAGAAUUAAUAGAGCUAUCUUGUACAGGCUAAUUUCCACUCAGGAAAAUUAUCUGUGGAUUGGAACGGACAAGAAAAUUUUUCUUUGUCCUGUGAGCUCUGGGUUGGAACUAAUGACUUUAACACAAAGAAUUUUUUUGUCCGUUCCAAUCCACAGAUAAUUUUCCUGAGUGAAAAUUAGCCUUAAAGGCCCUUUUCCACUCAGGAAAAUUUUCCGCAGAAAGAAAAUUUUAUAAAAUGUGAUUGGCAGACACAAAUUUUCCGUCGGAAAAAUAAUUUUCCAAAUUUUCAUGACAUUUUCGGAAAAUGUUCUAGCUAAUUUUCACUCAGGAAAAUUUUCCGCAGAAAGAAAAUUUUAUAAAAUGUGAUUGGCAGACACAAAUUUUCCGUCGGAAAAAUAAUUUUCCAAAUUUUCAUGACAUUUUCGGAAAAUGUUCUAGCUAAUUUUCACUCAGGAAAAUUUUCCGCAGAAAGAAAAUUUUAUAAAAUGUGAUUGGCAGACACAAAUUUUCCGUCGGAAAAAUAAUUUUCCAAAUUUUCAUGACAUUUUCGGAAAAUGUUCUAGCUAAUUUUCACUCAGGAAAAUUUUCCGCAGAAAGAAAAUUUUAUAAAAUGUGAUUGGCAGACACAAAUUUUCCGUCGGAAAAAUAAUUUUCCAAAUUUUCAUGACAUUUUCGGAAAAUGUUCUAGCUAAUUUUCACUCAGGAAAAUUUUCCGCAGAAAGAAAAUUUUAUAAAAUGUGAUUGGCAGACACAAAUUUUCCGUCGGAAAAAUAAUUUUCCAAAUUUUCAUGACAUUUUCGGAAAAUGUUCUAGCUAAUUUUCACUCAGGAAAAUUUUCCGCAGAAAGAAAAUUUUAUAAAAUGUGAUUGGCAGACACAAAUUUUCCGUCGGAAAAAUAAUUUUCCAAAUUUUCAUGACAUUUUCGGAAAAUGUUCUAGCUAAUUUUCACUCAGGAAAAUUUUCCGCAGAAAGAAAAUUUUAUAAAAUGUGAUUGGCAGACACAAAUUUUCCGUCGGAAAAAUAAUUUUCCAAAUUUUCAUGACAUUUUCGGAAAAUGUUCUGUCCAUGGAAAUUUUUCUUGAGUGGAAAUGGGCCUGUUAUACGCAUUAUUCAUUUUUUUGCAGGCUUUAUCAAUGUACCUUGGUGGAGCUCCUGCCGGACCUGCAGGCACGGGUAAGACAGAGACCACGAAAGACUUGGCGAAAGCUCUGGGGUUACUCUGUGUUGUCACCAACUGUGGAGAAGGCAUGGACUAUAAG